AUGACAAAGGACAAAUCAAAGUACAAAGCUGAAUUAAUCAAUGGUAAACCCUUUAUAUACCGUAGAAGUACACCUCAAGGUACUUGGGAAGACAUUACACACACGAGACAUAACGUUGACCAAUUGGAAUUCUACGACUAUGAUCUCAAUUUAACCACAGUCUCCCAGUGUGAAACAAAGUUAUCUGGUCUAAUUUUCAGGAUAUUGCUGAAUAUCAUUUGUCUGCACAUUAAGCUGGGAGACAAGUUGAUAUGGAACUACUACGCCUCAAAAGUACAAGCCAGCCCGUUAGAACUCCUAUUUAACCUCAAGAAAAACACUAUGAGUUUACAAUUGAGGGGAGAAGGUGUUGUCAAGUUAAAUAUGAAUGGGUAUUUGAAUGACUGGGUAAAACCUGGGAGACCACUGGAGAAAUUCAAAACUAAACGAACAAUAAGAGAUGGACCAAGGGUAAUACAUCUAAUUGACGACGAUGAAAAAUGUGAUGAAAUUGUGGCCAGUGGACAUACUCUUGAUAAUAAACCAAACACUCCUCACAAAGUUGCUUACGUUGUAAACCUUCAAACUGCAGAAAAGAGGGACUUCAUCAAAUUUUAA